AUGUAUUCUGGUGUCGGUUCCGCCAAUAUCGAAGACGGCAUUACCAUUGAUCUUUCGCGCUUGAAAGAGAUAACUCCUGCAGCCGAUCGGAGACAUGUGCGUGUUGGUGCCGGGAAUCUCUGGGGCGAAGUCUACUCCAGGCUGGAGAGCCUGGAUCUUGCACUUUCCGGGGGGUCUGCAAGCGGGGUCGGCGCUGGUGGCCUUACUCUUGGAGGAGGCUUGUCAACUUUUUCGCCCCGCAGCGGAUUCGUCUGCGACACGGUCCUGAACUACGAAGUUGUUCUCGCAUCUGGUGCCAUUGUUAACGCGAACGCGAACUCCCACUCCGACCUCUUCCGAGCUUUGAAGGGCGGUUCCAACAACUUCGGCGUGGUAACCCGCUUCGACUAUCCAACCGUGGAAGGGAGCUUUCAUUGGGGCGGCACCACUAUUCACAGUAUUUCCCAUCGCUCCAGUUUCCUAGACUCUGCAUUUAUCGACUUCGUUACGGAUCCGAACUACGAUCCCUACUCCAACUUAAUCCACAACUACGACUGGAGCGCCAACACCUCCUGGCUAAUCAUCAACAACAUCCAUUACACAAACGCGACACCGUACCCUGACGCCUUCGACAAGUUCCUCGAACCUCCACUGCUCUUCAACAGCUCGCUUCGCACGGCGCCCGUAAGCAGCUUUGCCGAUGAGGUUGACCGAUCUGACACAUCCGGGAAACUGAAUAACCCCGCUACGCUGACAGUCCGCCCCGAUUCCACGACGCUGAACCGGUUCCUCGAUCUUAACAUGGCAGCCGCAGAAUCUCUGAAGGCCAUUCAAGGGCUGAGCUGGAACGUACUCUUCCAGCCGCUAUCAUCUAGCAUGUUGACCAACAAGGGCCCCAACGUCUUGGGCAUCGAUGCAUCCGAGAGUCCCCUCGUCAACCUGUUCGUCGCUGCCGGGAUCGUGCCGUCAGCCGAUUCUGACUGGCAGGCCGACUUCGAUACAGUCAGGGAAGCUCUCAAAUCCAUCAUUGCGGAAGCGACGACCGAAGCCAAGCGGUUGAAUGUCUGGCACCCCUUCAUCUAUUUGCCCUAUGCGGCGGCGUGGCAGGAUCCCAUUGAGAGCUAUGGAAGGGAGGAUGUGGCGUUCUUGAGACGGGUGAGUCGGAGGUAUGACCCGAGGGGCGUGUUCCAGAGGUUGGUGCCUGGAGGAUUUAAACUGUGGUAG